UUCUAAUUCCUUAUUCGCAAAGCAUAUACCAUAGCGUUCAAAAAAAAGUCACAAAAUCAUAAAUCUCCUGCUGUACAAUUGCAAAGCAACAACCUUUGAUAGAUACUUGUUGUCUUUCAGAGGAGACCUCAUCCCUCCCUGACCCUUUCUGACCAUCGGAAAUGGCGUCCCGGCGAUUACCCAUCUUAUUAUUUUUCUUCCUCUACCUUAUAGUCUCUUCUCAGUCCCUAGAAUUUGGGCCACACAAGAAGAAGCUCAAAAUCGACGGACCCAUUAAAACCAUAGUCGUCGUGGUCAUGGAGAACCGUUCCUUUGACCACGUUCUCGGCUGGCUCAAAUCUACCCGGCCCGAAAUCGACGGCUUGACUGGCAAUGAAUCGAACCGGAUUCUAGUCUCUGACCCGGAGUCGCCGGAAGUAUUCGUCUCCAGCGACGCACUGUUCGUCGAUUCGGAUCCUGGUCACUCGUUCCAGGCGAUCCGGGAGCAGAUAUUCGGGUCGAACGACAGCUCGAGGUCGCCGUUGAUGAAUGGGUUCGUGCAGCAGGCGACGAACAUGAGUGAUAGCAUGCCAAGAACCGUCAUGAGCGGGUUCAAACCGGACCUGCUACCGAUUUACACCGAGUUGGCGAACGAGUUCGCGGUGUUCGACCGGUGGUUCGCUUCGGUGCCCGCGUCGACUCAGCCGAACAGGUUCUACGUCCACUCGGCGACCUCACAUGGGGCCAUGAGUAACGUACGGAAGGACCUUAUCCAUGGGUUCCCUCAGCAGACGAUCUUUGACUCUCUGGACGAAAACGGCCUCACCUUUGGUAUUUAUUACCAAAACAUUCCCGCUACCCUCUUCUUCAAGAGCUUGAGGAAGCUGAAGCACACCUUGAACUUCCAUAGCUAUUCCUUGAAGUUUAAGCAACAUGCGAAGCUGGGUAAGCUUCCCAACUAUGUGGUGGUGGAGCAGAGGUACUUCGACGUGGACUUGUUCCCGGCCAACGACGAUCACCCCUCGCACGACAUGGCCAUCGGGCAGAGGUUCGUGAAGGAGGUGUACGAGACUCUGAGGGACAGCCCGCAGUGGAACGAGAUGGCUCUGUUGAUUACUUACGACGAGCAUGGUGGGUUCUAUGACCACGUACCUACGCCUGUCUCCGGCGUGCCGAGCCCAGACGGGAUAGUUGGGCCCGACCCCUUUUACUUCCGGUUCGAUCGGUUAGGUGUUCGGGUCCCCACCUUCCUGAUCUCGCCGUGGAUAGAGAAGGGCACCGUGAUUCAUGAGCCAGAUGGACCAACACCAGAUUCACAAUACGAGCAUUCUUCUAUCCCUGCAACUGUAAAGAAGCUUUUCAAUCUGGAAUCAAACUUCCUGACCAAGAGGGAUACAUGGGCGGGUACUUUUGAGAACUACUUUUACCUUCGUGACACUCCACGUCAUGAUUGUCCAGUAACCCUUCCAGAAGUUAAGAGGUCAUUGAGGCCAUGGGGACCAAAAGAAGACGCAAGCCUGUCAGAAUUCCAGGUUGAACUGAUCCAGCUCGCAUCCCAGCUCAAUGGUGACUAUAUCCUGAAUACUUACCCAGAUAUAGGCAAAAGCAUGACAGUGGGUGAAGCCAACAGGUAUGCAGAGGAUGCAGUCAAGAGGUUCUUGGAAGCUGGAAAGGCUGCUCUCAGAGCUGGAGCUAAUGAAUCUGCAAUUGUUACAAUGAGACCUUCCUUGACUAGCCGAAAUAUGCUUAGAGAUCAUGGUCACUACGUAGAGAGCCAGUGAUAGAUUUGUCUUCACAGAUCCAGUAGAAUUUGCACUCAUGUAUGUAUGUAUUUUGUGUAGCUCUUAACGACAAUGAGGCGAACCAUUUCGCUCAAAGCUUUCCCAAUUUGUUACUGUUGAACACCAUUGUAGCGCAUGGGAAUCAGCUACUGUAAUACGCAGCUUUGUGUAUAGCAUCUUAUAGUACUGGCAUGCAAAUUAAAA